CUGCCCUUGGCCCAUCCGGCUCCGGGGUCGCGUCGCGCGGCCGCUUGGGCGGGACGGGCGGCGGUAACUUUCACACGGGACGCUCUGCGGGAGCGCUCCCCUUUCCCCCUCUCCUCCUCGGCGGAGGCGCGGCUGCCCGUGAGAGGACUCGGCUGGCUCCCGCUGUCACCUGCCGCUGUCUGGAGAGCCCCUCUCCGGCUUUCCUCCCGCGCGCACUGCCAUCCCGUCCGAAGCGCCGCCGAGCGGGUUGCGCUCGAUGGGCUAAAAUCGCCGCUUCUCCUCCUCCUCCGGCUGGGCUGGCGGCUGCCCGUCUUUCAGGAGCCUCGAAACAAUCUACUGAAUGUAGAAGGAAAGCCAGUUAUUGAUGUAGAAAAUGCCUCUUAGAGACAAGUACUGUCAGACUGACCACCACCAUGGAUGCUGUGAACCAGUACGUGUGCUGGAACCUGGAGACCCACCUUUAUUACAGCAGCCUUUUCAUACAUCAAAAUCUGGAAUCCAGCAAAUUAUUGAAUGUUUUCGAUCAGGAACUAAACAACUCAAGCAUAUUUUGCUAAAAGACGUGGAUACCAUUUUUGAAUGCAAAUUCUGCCGCAGUCUCUUCAGAGGGCUACCAAAUUUAAUAACUCAUAAAAAAUACUAUUGUCCACCAAGUCUUCGGAUGGAUGACAACUCUCCUGAUAUAAAUGAUAAACAGAGUCAAGCCAUAACUGAUCUCCUAGAAGCUAUGUAUCCACGAGUGAACAAGCAAGAUUAUAUAAUACGUUUGGAACCUAUAGAAACAAACCAGAAUGCUGUAUUUCAGUAUGUCUCAAAGGCAGAUAGUUCAGUGGAGAACACUGACCCAAACGCUAUUCCUGACCAAGCUUCUGUAGAAACACCAGAACAUGCAACAGAACCUCCUCCUAAACCAGUGUCAGAUACUUCAGAAACAAAAGCUGAAGAGACUCCUCCCUUAGUUGUUGACAAGAUAAUGCCAACUCCAGAAGAACCUGCCCCAUGUUCAAAACCUGAAUUAGAAUGUGAUAAUAAUUCUGAUUCGGGUCAUCAAUUAAUUUGUUCCCUGUGUAAAAAAGAAUUUCAUUCCAGACGCAGUAUACGCCGUCAUAUUAGGAAAGUCCAUAAAAAAAAGAUGGAAGAACUAAAGAAAUUUAUUCAAAUUAAAAAAAGGCCAAAUCAGAUAUCUAGAAGGGGUCGCAAUAAGAAUGUUUUGGUAACUUUGGGUAAAAGUUGUCCUUUGUGUAUUAAAUCAUUUGCUACAAAAGCCAAUGUAAGAAGGCAUUUUGAUGAAGUUCAUAGAGGACUGAGACGGGAUUCUAUAACUCCUGAUAUAGCUACAAAACCUGGACAGCCUUUAUCCUUGGAUAAAACCUCUGGAAAAACUGCUAGAACACAAAAACAAAAGCCUUCAAAAGCUGAGUACAAUUUAACUGCUUGCAAAUGCCUCUUGUGUAAGAGGAAAUAUAGUUCCCAGGUAAUGCUUAAAAGGCACAUGCAAAUUGUUCACAAGAUAACUCUUUCUAUUAAGAAUCCUAAAAGAGAGCGAAAGCCUAAUGCAGAAGUGAAAGUGAAAAUCGAACCAGCAGAAUCUACAGUAUCUACGCCUUCCAUCUGUAGUUCUUUGCAGAAUGAAGUAAAGGGAAUAAAUAAUUCAAAUGAAAGAAAAAAUACAUCAUCCAUUGAGAGAAAGAAUGCAGUAUCCAGUGAAAAAAAGAAAACACCCACUGAACGAAAAGGCAUAUCAUCCACUGGAAAAAAGAAUGUAACUCCAGCUAAAAAAAAUAAAGUUAAGCAGACCUGUCAGAAAUCAAAGUCAAAUAACCAGUCUCUUGCAAGUGGUCUCAAAAAGCCCAGGAAGCCAAGGCUGUCAGUUGGCUUUGAUUUUAAAAAGCUUUACUGUAAACUCUGUAAACGCCAAUUUACUUCUAAACAAAACUUAACAAAGCACAUUGACUUGCACACAGAUGGAAAUAAUAUUUAUGUUAAAUUCUAUAGGUGUCCCCUCUGCACUUAUGAAACACGCCGGAAGCGUGAUGUGAUAAGACACAUAACUGUAGUACAUAAAAAGUCUUCACGUUACCUUGGUAAGAUAACUGCAAGUUUAGAAAUCCGAGCAAUAAAAAAACCUAUUGACUGCAUUCUAAAAAAGGUGGCAAAAAGAGGCCCUCAGAGGGAUGAAGGUAAACAGAAUGGUUCAAAACAAGACAUUACCUCUAACUCGCCAAAUAAAAAAUAUGAAGGAACUGAUGUUGGCAUUGAAGUGAAAGUCACAAAAAACUUUUCUCUGCACAGAUGCAAUAAAUGUGGAAAAGCAUUUGCCAAAAAGACUUUCUUAGAACAUCACAAGAAGACUCAUAAAGUAAAUGUGACACAUUCACCUGAAGACAACAAAACCAAAGGCAGAAGUACAAGAUCUAAAGCUCUUGUCUGUUGAAGAAUACUAGUGCCUUCUUAAAUACAUGCCUAAAUUUUCCAUUGGUACUUAAACUGCAAUCACAUUUUUAUAGAUCUAAUGCUUCAGACGGUAAAAGACUCUUGCAUUCAUUAAAAAAAGCGUUUUAAGAUUUUUUUUCAUGGCAGUGAACCUAAAAGCAGUUUAAGUUAAUACACACACAAUUCUUCAAAGUUUAAUAUUAUAUAUUAGUAUUUGCAUAAUAUUUUGUUAAUAGUUCCAUAGUUCCAAAUGAUUUUUAAAAUUAACUUUGCACUUCAUUGGUGCUGACCAGGCACAGCAAGCAUAUAUGAACUGAAGAUCUAUAGAUGUGAUGUCGCCUCAGUAUGUUGCUUUAAUACAUCAUUUUUGGCAUAAAAUUUGGAAAAUACAUUUGUAUUUUAAAUUAAUGUUAUAUAAUUCUUAAACCCUAGAGUUAAUACUUUUGUAUUUAAACCACCAUUCCUUUUGUAUUAGGAGAAGAUUGUCACUCAAAAAAAAAUCUUUUAUUUGAGGAGUGUUUUUGGUAGUUGGUCAUUUCCCCCCGAAAUUUUAACUUCUUUUUUACAUAAUUAAUUUGGACUGGGUAGGGGUAUCAGAUAGCCUAUUUUAUUGUAUGUAAUGAAAAUAUGGAACAGUUCCAAAUUACCUUUCCUUUAAUUGAAAAAUCUUGGACAACCAGCAGUUAAAGAAAGAAUAGUGUUUUUAAAUUCCUAUGACAGAGAAAACUUGUUUCAAUUUAAGAGAAAUGUGAGUGUAUCUCAGUAAACAGGUGCAACAACUUCUUUAAUUGAAGGUAACUUCAUACAAUUAAAUUACUUGUUCUGGCAAUUUAAAAAUUAUGUAAGACAAGUUUCCAAGCAUUUGAAAGGUAUUUUCAGGUUGGUUGAAAGGUUGGCUGGUUAGUUUUUCUUUUCUUUUCGCUUUUUAUAAAAUAAAAAAAUGGAUCUCUAAACCAGUGAUAAUCUAGACCUUUGAACCUAUAGCUUAUUUUUCCCUUUUCCCCAUAUUUAGAAGGGGACUUGUCAGCAGUGAGGGAAGUGAUACAAAGAGAACACAGAAUUUUUAGUAAAGGUGUCCCUUCCUAUCCUGUAGAUAAAAGUUUCUACUGGAUCAAAAAUUAUGGGUAUCAAUUGAAUGUUUUCUCACUUUUUACCCAAAUGAGCAACCAACUUAUCAGAGAAAAUCUGAUUUCUAUGUGGUAAGCUUAUAUGCUACUAAUAAACAGAAAACCUUUAAAAUCGGUUAUAGUUUAUAUUAUAUAUGUAUUUCUCCUUAGUUAAAAUAAUGUGAUAAUAUUUGAAAUUAGAACCACUAAAAUCUAGAAUAGUAAUAUGAGAAUAAGCUGUUUUCAGAUUAAAUGUGUUGACUCUUAAACAAUGUAACAUCUUGCCUAAUAUUUUCAACAAAAUUAAAAUUCAUUAAAUAUAACACCUAAAAUUGAAAACGUGAUGCAGUUCUGGAGUGCUAGUAAUGAAAUGAACAUUUUAAAAGGAAAGUUUGCAAAUAUUUUAAAAUUAAAUUACCACCUAGAACAGGUGCUUCCUAGGUGUGGUCCUUACUUAAUUCUGAUUUUACUGAAAAGAUUUUAUGUUCGUUGUGAUAUACUACUAAGCAAAUGCUUUGUGAUGUACUUAAAAUAUUUUUAUAUAUAUAUAAAUGAAUGUAUAUGAGCAGUUUUCUUAGUAUAAUUUGAAUGAAUUGUAAUCUAGCAUUUGCUUUAAAUUCAAUUCAUGGUUGAGUAAUUUUGGGGAGUAUUAAAUCUGAAUUGUACUAUCAAAAUCUAUAGUGAUUUUGAAUGAUUAGCACAUUCAACAGUUUUUCAUAUGGAGGUUUACAAACUACCGACAUUCCCCUAUUUUAAUUGUUCUUUAAAAAAAUAAAAUUACACACAAGCACUUUAAUAGCCAGAGUUUAAAUUUCUUUUAGUGAUUUCUUCUAAAGACAUUACACUAAUAUUCCUGUGAAGAUAGUAGUUGGUUUUUUUUGGUAGUAUAUUCAGAUUCAAAUAUUUGUUUUGUAGUUUGUUAAUUAUUGCCUAAGAAUAAUAGUGCAAGGAUUUUUUUUGUUUUGUCCACAAAAUGUUGAAUGACCACUUUAGGUAGCACUUGGCUUUUUUUGUAAAGUUUAUGAGGGGCUUGCUCAUUAUUGUCUAUUUUAUAAUCAGUUCUAUAGCAAAACAGUAGCACACCUUCCAUUAUGAAUUUUUGGCAGGUUUGUGCACUUUUUUAAAAAUUUUAGAAAAUGUUUAGUGAUUUGUGUCAAAUUGCCAGAUACUGAAUAUCAGAAGAAACGCCGUUUGUAAAAUACUGGUUGACUCCCUUGCUAAGGGAAUGCCUUGUGUCCAUAUAAACCUUUUGUACAAAAUAUAUCUAAAAAUGUUGAUCAUAAAUAAAAAAAAAUAUUCUUUUUUGAAUAGAUAACAUGUUUGGCCUUUUAGUGCUUUGCACUAAAAAACUGUGAAUGGAAAAUGGACUGUAACUGUUUCUGGAAAUGUUCUAUGUUGAAUGUACAUGCUUGGAUAAAUGUACUUUAUUUGAAUAAACUGGAAAUUAUUUCAGCUAAAUAUACUUACGCCCUCUUUAUAAAAUGCAUAGUUAGAUAUUGUUUAUAUACAUUACC